GAGGGAGCCCGAGCCCCGCGAGCAUGGCGCCCCCGCAGCGCGAGCAGAUUUCUCACACAAAGCUUUCUGAAGAUGAUGCAUGGAAGUACAACUAAAAAAGCAUGAGUAUUAUGUCAUAUAAACCAAGACGUUUAGAGGGAUUAUCUUGAAUUUACAAAUGAGAAAACUGAGACUCAGAAAAGAUAAGUGAAUUUCCCAAGGACACGAAGCAAUGAACUGGCAGAUCAGGGACUGGAGCCCAAGUCUUCCAGGGCUCAUCAGUCCUUCUCAGCCUCGCUGCUUAACUUAAGAGACAAGACUGAUUAGGCAGGAUGACUAUAAGUUCAAACCCAGCCUGGGCAACUUAGCCGACUUACAUAAGACUGUCAAAGUAAAACAAAAUGUAAAAGAGCUAGAGAUGUAGCUCAGGGCAAAGAUCUUGGGUUCAAUCACCAGUAUGAGAAAGAGAGAGAGAGAGGAGAAUAAGAUUCAGGUCAAAAUGAUGUGGGAAAGCAAAGAGCUGAGAGGCAUUGGUUUUGUUGACAGAAUUGGCUAUCUUUUCCCAAACCUAGGAGGAAGGGGAGAAAGCAAGAAAGACUUAGUAAUAAAAAACUUACCACCACCUACAGUGGCAACCCUCAUCUUCCUGUGAGCCCUGCCUUCUGUUUGGUUGUUUGUUUGUUGUUGUUUGUCUUGUUUUGUUUUGCUGAAUGUGAGAGGGUUGAGGGCUUUUUCAGAUGGGCUCAUUUGCGGUUCCAGUCUGCAGCAGGAGCGGAUGUACAAGACGCACCGGGGCCACGAGUCCAUGCACGUGGAGAUGGUGUUGGUCUUCCUCUGUGCCCUGGUCAUUGCUCAGGUGGUGCUGGUGCGGUGGAGACAGAGGCACGGCCGGUCCUACAAUCUGGUGACCUUGCUGCAGAUGUGGGUCGUUCCCCUAUACUUCACCCUAAAGCUCCACUGGUGGCGGUUCCUGUCGGUGUGGGGCACGUUCUCCGUCGUCACCAGUUACACCCUCUUUAGAGCUACCCGCAAGCCGCUCUCAGGGAGGACACCACGGCUGGUCUACAAGUGGUUUCUCCUCAUCUACAAACUCAGCUAUGCAUUUGGUGUUGUGGGUUAUUUGGCCAUCAUGUUUACAAUGUGUGGAUUCCAUUUAGUUUUCAAAAUCAAAGCUAGAGAUUCCCUGGAUUUCGGCAUUUUGUCCUUGUUCUACGGCCUCUACUAUGGAGUCAUGGGGAGAGACUUUGCUGAGAUCUGCUCAGAUUACAUGGCCUCUACCAUAGGGUUCCACAGCGUCAGUGGGAUGCCCACCAGGAGCUUGUCCGACGAGAUCUGCGCUGUCUGUGGGCAGAAGAUCAUCGUGGAGCUCAACGAAGAAGGACUUAUCGAGAACACCUACCAGCUUUCCUGCAGCCACGUCUUUCAUGAGUUCUGCAUCCGAGGUUGGUGCAUCGUGGGUAAAAAGCAGACUUGCCCUUACUGCAAAGAGAAGGUCGAUUUGAAGAGGAUGAUCAGUAAUCCCUGGGAGCGCACACAUUUUUUGUAUGGGCAAAUCCUGGAUUGGCUUCGUUAUCUGGUGGCCUGGCAACCUGUGGUAAUAGGAAUAGUUCAAGGCAUUAACUAUUCACUGGGGUUAGAAUAGUGCAGCCAGAUUACCCCAGAAGCAAUGUAUUGCAUGGCUGAAAUUUUUUUAAAUCCUUUCUCUCACCUUUAAUAAUGACUUUUUUUUUAAUUUUAGAGGUGACCUCAAGAGUUUAGAAAACUUAAUAAAAUUUUGGAUCAUA